AAUCAAACCCCCAUUCUUGAAAAUGACCACCAGUCUUCAACCUUCUUACGGAUCUCUCCAAGUCUCCUCCUCCACCGCCGCCGUCACCACCAAAAUAUUCCCCCUUCCCAUCUCCAAAUCUGAACACCUAAUCCCAAAAUUCCAAUCUUUUCUUGUUCCAAAUGUCACACCUUGACAACAUUCCUUCCACUCCUGGUAAACACAAACCCGACAAAGCUUUCCGCUUCCACUCCUCCGCCGCAUCCUCCUCGCUCUCCAAACUAACUCUUUAUUCCACUCUUUUCCUUUCUGUCCUUAUUUUCCUCCUACUUUCCUCUCCUUCCUUCACACCAUCACCGCGCCGCCACCUCUCUAAUGGGACCCACCACAACCCACUCUCUCUUCCCCACAAACUAAUCGGCAAAUCGGCACGUCCUCGCUCCACAACUGGCCAUACCGUUCUUGUGACAGGCGCCGCUGGCUUUGUCGGCACCCAUGUUUCCCUAGCUCUUAAACGUCGUGGAGACGGUGUCCUUGGCCUCGACAACUUUAACCAUUAUUACGAUCCAACCCUGAAAAGGGCACGCCAAAAAAUCCUUGAAAAAGCUGGGGUUUUUAUUGUCGAAGGCGACAUCAACGACCGGGGUCUUCUUCAACAACUCUUCGAUGUCGUUCUCUUCACUCACGUCAUGCAUUUAGCAGCCCAGGCAGGUGUUCGUUACGCGAAGCAAAGUCCGGGAUCUUAUAUUCAUAGCAACAUUGCUGGAUUUGUCAACAUACUAGAAGUUUUGAAAUCGGUCAACCCUCAACCGGCGAUUAUCUGGGCAUCUUCGAGUUCUGUCUACGGGUUAAAUUCUAAGGUACCAUUUUCAGAGAAAGAUAGAACUGAUCAACCUGCGAGUUUAUAUGCUGCUACAAAGAAAGCUGGUGAGGAAAUUGCACAUACUUAUAAUCAUAUUUAUGGACUUUCAAUAACUGGAUUGCGAUUUUUCACGGUUUAUGGUCCCUGGGGUCGGCCUGAUAUGGCAUAUUUCUUUUUCACUAGAGAUAUAAUGAAGGGUAAAAUGAUCAAUGUGUAUGAAUCGCCGGAUAAGGGUAUUGUGGCUAGAGAUUUUACUUAUAUAGAUGAUAUAGUGAAAGGAUGUUUGGGAGCGUUGGAUACGGCAAAGAAGAGUACGGGGAGUGGGGGAAAGAAGAGAAGACCAGCACAAUUGAGGAUUUUUAAUUUGGGGAAUACUUCGCCGGUACCUGUGAGUAGGCUUGUUAGCAUAUUGGAGAAGCUUUUAAAGGUGAAAGCUAAGAAGAAAGUUGUGGCAUUGCCAAGAAAUGGUGAUGUGGAGUUUACACACGCCAAUAUUACCUUAGCAAUGAAAGAGCUUGGUUAUAAGCCCACAACUGAUUUGGAGGCAGGGUUGAAGAAGUUUGUGAAAUGGUACCUCGGUUUUUAUUCAGGGUCAAAGAAGAAGAGCUCUUGGUGAACUUUCCCGAUCCUUUUUUUUCCCUUUUAGUUCAUUUUGAUUACUUCUAUCAUGUUCAUUGUAUGCUUGAUAUAAUCAUGCAAGUGGGGGUGGCAUUCCGAGAGGAACUGCUUUACAUGUUAAGUGGGCAUUUUUUCCUGGACGCUAGCAGCAUUUUAGUUGUUAUUCCACAUGUUGCUUCCUUCUCUCUUGGAAGCUUCUUUUAGCAGUUUAAGCAUUGUACAGUUCAUGAGAUGUUGUGAUCGCUGGUUAUUUUUUACUCAACAGUACAGUUAUUUCAAUAAAUUUUCAUCCGCCGCAAGUGCUUUUAA